AUACCGCUGGAUGGCGCGAUUGGUGCCCUAUUUAAGGGUAUAGUGGGCGAUUUCGGACACAGCCAGGCUCAUUCUCACUGUCUUGUCAAUCGUCACCGUUAAAAGCGCAUCUUUUGCAUUAAACGAUGAUACUUGCCAAGUUGUGUCCUCCAAGCCAGUUUAAUCCAUCAAGUGAAUACGGACACAAGACCCAGCUGAUAUGACAAUAAUGCGACUCCGUCAGAGUGUUCAUUUCUUCCUUUUUGGCAUGUUUGUCGGCUUAUCACUGAGUGGGCUUAUUUUCUUGGGCUACAUUUCCAGUUGUUUUAGAGAUCAACAAACAGAUGAAUUAGGUCGGACAGAUGUUGUUUCUAUGACCCCAUGGUUAGCCCCAGUUGUUUGGGAGGGAACCUUUGACUCCAUAAUGAUCGACUCUAUCUACAAACAACAGAACAUCACUAUAGCGACCACUGUCUUCGCUUUGGGAAAAUACACACGUUUUCUCAAAGAUUUUCUGGAGUCAGCGGAGGAGCAUUACUUUUUUGGAUUUCGAGUGCAUUACUACUUGUUUACAGAUCAACCAGAAGCAGUUCCUGAAGUAAAGAUGGGUGAAAAUCAUCGUUUGACAGUUCGGAUGGUUCCGAGUAUGGACAGAUGGCAGGACAUCAGUAUGGGCAGGAUGGAAAUACUGGAAAAACUAAUGGAGAAUGAACUGGCCAAUGAAGCUGACUAUAUUUUCUGCCUGGACGUGGAUACAAAGUUUCAUGGCCGCUGGGGGUCGGAGUCUUUGGGUCGUCUGGUCGGUGUAAUACAUCCUUGGUUCUUUGAUUAUCCAAAGGAUCAAUUCACAUAUGAGCGUAGACCAGAGUCUCAAGCAUUCAUUCCAGCUGGGGAAGGUGAUUUUUAUUACACUGCUGCUGCAUUUGGUGGCUCAUUGGCGGAUGUACAUCAUCUCACCAAAACCUGCCGGGAGCAGAUGAACAUUGAUGCAGCAAACUCCAUUGAGGCGGUAUGGCAUGAGGAGUCUCACUUGAACAAGUAUUUCCUUUAUAACAAACCCAGUAAACUACUCUCUCCUGAAUAUCUGUGGCGGGACAUCAGUAUCAGUGCAGGCCAAGUGAAAAUAAUUCGCUUCUCUCAUGUAGCUAAAAACAAUGCAGAAGUUCGCCCAAACUAGCAUCUUUGUGAAAGUUUUAAUUCACAUCAUGUUGUUUCACAAAAAAAGUAUAAUUUCCCUUUCCCUUAGUUUUGAGACAUAAACUGGUCAAAUUGGUUUAACAAAGCAUUAUGAACAAUUAGUAAAUCACAAAUCUGAGUCCAAGACACAUUGCAAGCACAGGUUUCCACAGGGGAAAUCAGUUUUAAAUAUGACUGAAUAUGUUGGAUACCAUGUUAAAUACUGAUUAAAUAAUGUGCCAUAAUAUUUUUUUUUAUGAUUGAUAAGUCAAUAAAGAUGCCAUGUGUGUAAUAUAA